AUGGCGGGUCCGUCUGCUCUGCUUUUGUCCAUCAGACACCAGGCAGAGGCUCUCUGCACUCUCCAGGCUGCUGUAGCCUCCCAUCUUCCCUGCAGCCCCCCCCAGCCUUCCCACACCCAAACCUUUGGUGCUGGCAGGGCUGGCACAGCUUGGCACAGCCCAGGAGCAGUGAUGGAGCUGUCUGAGCCUGGUGUGGCUCAGGAGCUGGAGGAAGAGAGAAAAGCCCCAAGGAAAAGCCCUAAGGAAGGAGAAGAGAGUGAAGACCUAUCUUCUCUCAGCCCAGGUGAUCCCAGGCCAGAGAGGCUGUCCUGGCCAAGGCUGGCAAGGUGUGAGACACUUCGAGAGAAGGCUUUGUGCAGCAAGAUGUCCCGAAUAGUAGAAGCGACUUCCCGGCUUGUACAAGUAGAACAGUCUCUCCUGCUCCCUCUCCUACAGCAGCAUCCUCUUCCUCUCCACCCAAAAGACAGCAUUGAAUUUAGAAACAUCUGUAGUCGUAUGGUUUUACAAAGAGAGGAACAACAAUUUGACAGAGACUUACAUGAAGCCCACCAGUGUUUGAAGACCAUUCUUGAGAAACUCAUUUGUUCACUGGCAGCUUCCCCUUCAGAUUCUUGUAUCCCAGUCCAGUCUGCUCUGAGACAAAUCCGUCAAGAUCUCCUGGCAAUGUGA